UCAAAUAAACACCAUUCGCAACGACCCAAACAUUUGGCGGCAGUUGCUACUCGCCCAAGAGUUUCCGGAAGGAUAUAAAAAGAAGACUGCAUUAUUACCAUAUAUUAUUUUGUUCAAAAUGCAGGCGAUUUUAGUAACUAUUUUAUGCAUUGGAUGCGUGUUAGCUGGGACUGUGAGGGAGAAACGACAGACUACAAACUGCCAAGAGCCGGAUGUAGCGAACGUGUGUCUCCAGACAGCAGGUCGGGUAUAUUUCCCUCACCCGACAGACAACAACAAGUUUCUACAAUGCUCUGACGGUGGCAGAAUGUUCAUUAUAAAAUGUCCAAAAGGAGAGAUCUAUAAUAAAGCAACCACAGCAUGUAGUAAGGUGCAGGUUACAAAUCCAGCUGUGACCAACCCAACUAAUCCCUGUACAGCACAGAAUAUUGCUAGUGGAAACGUCUUCUUUCCAUAUGCAAAUGACAAAACCAAGUUUAUCGAAUGUAAUAGCCAAGGUCAGCCUACAGUUCUUUCGUGUCCUACUCGUCUGGUGUAUGACGCCUCCCGACAGUCUUGUGUACUUCCGGCUGGUACUAUUGUUAACGCAGGGACAACCAAGGCACCAACUAAUGGAGGAGGGGGUACAGCUACAAACACUGGUGUGGUUAUAGGUACCGGAACCAUGACAAAUCCGUGCACGCCACAGGCCGUACAAUCUAACAACUUGUUCUUCCCACAUCCUGAUCCCACGAAAUUUAUUCACUGUGACCUCGUCGGUAACGCUUACGUCAUGCAAUGUCCGGCGGCACUUGUCUGGAGCCAGUUGACAAGUAACUGUCAGUCACCUUACACAGCAGCAACCCUUAACGGCGGCACCAGCGGAGGAAGUCAGAUAGGAAAAUAGUCCAUAUACCAAACUACAAUCCAUUUUUGAUUUUCGGUUGUAUCAUGAAAUUUUAGUGAACUGUUUAUUUAACUGAUAUCUACAUUAUACCACUAGUAUUACAAUUUAUAAAAGUUUACCGCUAGUUUUAUUAACAAAUUUUACUUUGAAGGGGGCUAACCACUAGAACUAUAUCCAAUAUUUUCUAAAUUUAGACAAAAUAUUUUUAUUCAAUAAUUCAAGGAAUUUGUGUAGUGUAAAAUAUGUAGAAAAACUGUCUACCGAGUUACUGACGCAGAAAGAAAUUUACUAUGCUUGACACUAUACUGAUAAACUGGGCCAAGACAAUAUUUUUACAUCCAGGAUUUAAAGAAGUGAUGUUGCUGAUUCAAGUUUUGAAAUUGUAGUGUAAAUAUCUGAAAACAUGCACUUUUAAGUGACAAGAUUAAUUAUACAUUAUAAUUAUUGUAUAGUGUUUGUGCUGAAUAAAUUUAAUCUAAAUAUAAACAUUUUAACCAGUUAACUGGUCAACUGAU